GGAAGCUAAAAAUAUGCCCUGUAUUUUCAAAUGAUCAAAUGGCAAUUACUAAACAUUCUCAUGUUUUUCAUCGUAAGGCUAGUAGAUAAUUUAUUAGUUAGACAGCAACGUGCCUUGCAGAGGAUAUUCUUAAAUAACGAUAACUGCAGUUGUCGAAUAGUCCCUGGGGAAUAGCUAUAGUCCAAAGGUUUAUGUACUUGAAAGCUGUGGUGAAUCACAUGUAGAUACAAACUCUGAUACUGCCGCGUGGAUACUAUAAAUUGCAUAGUUUGUUCACUCGUUGCGAAAUAGAGCUAAGUAAAUACCAAGAGGAAUCAGCUGCCUAUAAUUAGUCCAGACUUACCACUACAUAGUUAUCCGAGGCCAUACUAACCUUUCUACACCAUGAGAGAAAUAGUACAUGUACAAGCUGGACAAUGUGGGAAUCAAAUUGGAUCGAAAUUCUGGGAGGUGAUUUCCGAUGAACAUGGGAUUGAUCCUACCGGAACUUACCAUGGAGACUCUGAUCUCCAACUGGAGCGUAUCAACGUCUAUUAUAACGAAGCAACCGGUGGUAAAUAUGUGCCUCGGGCCGUGUUGGUUGAUCUCGAGCCCGGAACAAUGGACUCCAUCCGGUCAGGCGCAUUCGGACAAAUAUUCCGACCAGACAAUUUUGUAUUUGGGCAGAGUGGGGCUGGUAAUAAUUGGGCUAAGGGACAUUACACAGAGGGCGCUGAGUUAGUUGACAGUGUGAUUGAUGUCAUCCGUAAAGAAUCCGAGAGUUGUGAUUGUCUCCAGGGGUUUCAGUUAACUCACUCACUAGGUGGCGGCACUGGCUCUGGUCUUGGAACGCUGAUGGUAUCCAAAAUUCGCGAAGAGUACCCAGACAGAAUGAUGAAUUCCUUCUCCGUAUUCCCUUCUCCAAAAGUAUCAGACGCCGUUGUUGAACCUUAUAACGCCACACUUUCCGUUCACCAACUUGUGGAAAACACAGACCAGACUUACUGCAUCGAUAACGAGGCUCUAUAUGACAUUUGCUUCAGAACCCUUAAAUUAACGUCACCAACAUACGGGGACUUGAACCAUCUCGUCUCUGCAACUAUGUCUGGUGUCACCACUUGUCUUCGUUUCCCAGGUCAGUUGAACGCUGAUCUCCGUAAACUUGCUGUCAACAUGGUCCCUUUUCCACGUUUGCAUUUCUUUAUGCCCGGAUUCGCUCCUCUAACAUCUCGAGGUAGUCAACAAUAUCGUGCCCUGAGCGUCCCCGAGCUCACUCAGCAAAUGUUCGACUCUAAGAAUAUGAUGACCGCAUGCGACCCUCGCCACGGACGCUACCUGACGGUUGCCUGUUUAUUCAGGGGGCGCAUGUCCAUGAAGGAGGUCGACGAGCAGAUGUUGAACAUUCAAAACAAAAACUCCAGCUACUUUGUGGAGUGGAUCCCAAACAAUGUGAAAACUGCAGUCUGUGAUAUUCCCCCAAGAGGUCUCAAAAUGUCCGCUACUUUCAUUGGGAACAACACGGCAAUCCAGGAAAUUUUCAAACGCAUCUCUGAACAGUUUACAGUUAUGUUUAGGCGCAAGGCUUUCCUCCAUUGGUACACUGGUGAGGGUAUGGACGAGAUGGAGUUCACUGAGGCCGAGUCCAACAUGAACGACUUGGUUUCUGAGUACCAACAAUACCAGGAUGCUACAGCAGAGGAGGAGGGCGAAUUUGAAGAUGAGCAAGAAGAAGAGGAAGUCGAAUAAUAAAACCGAAAAAACAAACGGAAACUGCAAUAUUUGAUAUGAUUAAAUCAAAACUCGCAACAAAACUCUUGUCACAUAAUAUUCUCUGCUGCUGUGUAUUUUGACUGAUCGACUCAAGCAAUGACAUUUAAAAAUUCAGAAAACAAUGUUCAGACAGGUUGACCUACAUUUUGAAAACAAGCCUUAUCGGAACUCAUUUGACAUUUUAUCGGCAGCUUGUAUAGCAUAUAACACUUGUAGUCGAUGAACCUGUAUAUUACCAGUAUUAUUCAGUUUUUCAACAACUUUUUAUCAGUAAAAACAAUUAAGUAAAUAGUAUGUAAAAAUAUAUAAAUUCACACCAGUAACCUUAAGAAGCAUUGAAGGUCAUAUGGUUAUACACUGUGUGAUAGAAUAAAAAUAGCAAAAUAAAACAUCGUUUAAUAUUUCAAGACUCAAUGCAUUGUGUAAUGACCAUUCCUUUCAGGCGGUGUUUCCUAAAAUAACAAUCAAUGCUCUACGCCGGAAAGCAACACCUUCAAGGAAUGAUCAUUCGACAUUGCACUGAAUCCAGGGCUUAAAUGCUUAAAUAAUUGUUCUACAUGGUGGUUCCCUAAAUACGAUUAUGUUAUUACCAAAGUU